AUGAAAGAUGCUCGGCAAAAUGCAAUGACGAUCUGCACUUCACAUGAAUAUUCUGUGCUCUGCGCCAGUUGUCAAAAUAACCUUGAAAACAAGGCUGCAAGGCAAGUUGCUGUUGAAUUGACCUUAGAGCGCAAUCCAAAUGGAUUCAAGCCAAUGAUUGCUGGUAGUCCACUCCAAAAUCAGGAAAAUAAGAAUAAGGCAAAAGAUGCUGUGAUGGCGACAAAAUACCAGAAGGGAUGCCACUGCAAGAGAUCAGAGUGCCUCAAGAGGUAUUGUGAGUGCUUCCAUGCUAACAUCCUAUGCUCUGAGAACUGCAAAUGCGUGGACUGCAAGAAUUCUGACAAAUUCAAAGAGAGGUCCUCUCAAGAAUUCAAGAAGAAAACGGAACAGGAGAACAUCCUCGAUUCAAAGAGCGAGGAACCACAGAUUGUCAGGCUGUCCCAAUACCAAAAGAUUGUAAGUUCCAUGACAUUGGGCUCCUCGAAGGUCGUCUACAGAUCCUUGUUAGCUGGCAUCAUUCAACAGCAGGACAUGAGGGACCUUUGUUCGACAUUGGUGGUAAUAUCAGAAGCUGCUACAAUCCUUGCAGACAAAAACAGUUCUCUCCAUGCACAAAUCAUGACUGAAAACCAGAAUGUCACUUCCUCUAAUGCCGAAGAUGGGGAGGAUUGUUGCAAAGGAUUUGAGGUUCAGAAAACUAUGCUAAAUGACCAACCAAGUGGGGAUCAGGUUGAUAUAUGUGGGGAAGAUGAUCCAAUAUCCGGCGAAGCUGAGACAGAGAAAAGAAGGCCGAUGUCACCUGGAACACUUGCACUGAUGUGUGAUGAAAAGGAUAUGUUCUUUAUGCCAGAUGCUUCCUCUGAUGGGAUUCUGAACCAUGGCUGCAAUAGUAAUGUAUAUGUAGAGCAGGAAAGGCUUGUAUUGGCAAAAUUUUGUGACUGUCUCCAUACGCUCAUCACUCAUGGAAACAUAAAAGAGGCAAUCAGACAGGAAACCACUGGUACUGGUUUUAUAAAAGAUCAUGGUCCAGGUAAUGUUGGAAGGUGAUCGACAUUUAGCGCUGUGACAGCAACCACCAAUAUGCUGCUAUCAGAGUAGGAAAUCCAGAAGAAAUUGGCAACUUGACACAAAACCUUGAACAGAGGGUGGUUGAUGAUCUCUGUACAAAAGCAAUUUUGUUGAUAUCACAAAUAUUCAUGCAGGAGUUAUAACAAUUGGUUUCUUAUGACAGAUUAUUCUGCUCUCAUAUAAUUUAGUUGUUGAAAACCAAG